AAUGGUUUUGGAACAAUAAAUGGAGCGAGCAAAGACUCUUCCAGUUCAUUACACUGGGAAGACGCAUAAAGAAGUUCUUGCUUCAACAGUGAUUGAACGGAACUCUUUCAUCUUCGUCCCACUUUACUUGAACUCUGAUAGCAGAAAAGUCUAAGAAACUUUAUUUUUGUAAGAUUUAUUUUAAUAUAAAAAAAGAAAAUGGAGUCUCAGAUCCGCCAGAACUACCACCGUGACUGCGAAGCCGCCAUCAACCGGAUGAUCAACAUGGAGAUGUAUGCCUCUUACACCUACACAUCAAUGGCUUUCUAUUUCUCCCGUGACGACGUGGCUCUGCCUGGUUUCGCUCACUUCUUCAAGGAGAACAGCGAUGAGGAGCGUGAGCACGCUGACAAGCUGCUCUCCUUCCAGAACAAGAGAGGAGGACGCAUUUUCCUGCAGGACAUCAAGAAGCCUGAUCGUGAUGAGUGGGGCAGUGGGCUGGAGGCCAUGCAGUGUGCUCUGCAGUUGGAGAAGACUGUGAACCAGGCCCUGCUGGACCUGCACAAGAUUUCCUCUGACAAGGUCGACCCCCAUCUCUGUGACUUCCUGGAGACUCACUACCUCAAUGAGCAGGUAGAGGCCAUUAAGAAGCUGGGCGACUACAUCACCAACCUCAACAAGAUGGAUGCCGCCAACAACAAGAUGGCAGAGUACCUGUUUGACAAGCAUACCCUGGGGAGCAAGAGUUAAACUACAACCCCACCACAGACCACAGCAUGCAACUGUUUCUCAGAUCUUCCCGGCUGGCUUUUCUAUUAAGAGGCAAAGUGUCUGGUAAAAUAAACAUAGUUGUAGUUGCUGAUGUUGUAGAAGUGUACUCAAAAGCUUUGCUGUUGGAGCAUCCCAAUACAUUCAGUGUAACUGAUGAAUAAAACAUUCUGAGCUGGA